AUGGCGUCCAAGACCCAGUUCUUCGACCUGUCCGACGGGUGUCGGAUGGCGUACCGCACCUUCACGCCCUCCGACUCCACUGCCAAAUCGCGCACGCCCCUGUUCCUGAUCAACGGCCUGUCCGCCGUGAUGCCCGACUGGUCGCCUCUGUUCGAAGCCCUGGGCGCGACGCGACCCCUCGUCAUCUCGGACCACCGCGCCAUCGGCGAGUCCACGGUCUCCUCCGAGUGGGAUCAAGAGCUGACCCUCUAUAGCAUGGGUCUGGACGUCAUCCACCUCGCCCGCCACUUGGGGUACAGCACGAUCGACCUGCUCGGCUUCUCCAUGGGCGGACACAUCACGCAAGCCAUCCUCUCCUCCCCUGAAUACGCCAAGGCAGACUCCUCCGGUGUCACCAUCGACGGCGUGCGUGUGCGCAAGGCCAUUUUGACUGCUACCAUGGUCAAACUCCCCCGUGGCGACGUCAACCUUAACGCACUCAAUGCCGAAGCUGAAAAGAUCCCCGAUAAGAAGAAGCGCAACGACUACAUCACGGAAAACAUGAUGCGCGUGCAGUACCACGAGGACGUGCUGGGACCCGGUAAGCCGAUGCAGCGCAAGUUCGAGGAACGAUUGGAGAUGGUACGCAACACCAACCGACCCGCGUGGGUGAUCGGGUUGCAAUUCAUGGCGAUCCAGAGCGAGGAUUUGAGAGAGCAACUGGGAAGGAUCCCAGAGAGCGUACCCGUGAUGGUGAUCCACGGAAAGAGGGACAGGAUGGUGCUGUGGGACGAGAGCGAGAGGAUUCUGGCCGGAGUCAAACAUGCAAAGAGACUGACGGAUACGCCGAGCGAGGAGUUCGGCCAUUUCUGGUACGAGUAUUUCGAGAUCGAGUACUGGGUCAGGAGCAUCGCUAACUUUUUGGACAACGGCAAGGUCGGUGGGCAGGCGGGCGAGAGCAAGUUGUGA